AUGAAGGCUGAUUGGUCCGCGUGGUUUCAGGUGGUGGAAGAAACCGACCUUCCCGCUGGGUUGUGCUGCGUCUGCGCAGAUAACGCUAUUUCUACGUGGCAGUUCAGGCAUUUAUGCCAUGAAUCGCACAGACAUUGGACACAGAUAUCCACAGUCCUGAUGAUAACAGAUAUACCCACCACAAAAGACAAGACCUUUUAUAUCAGCACUAGUGGUACCUUACUAAAAGACAUGAACAACAUCCAUACUUUGACGAACGCUACAAAGAGAUUGAAUUUCUUAAUCGGAAAUACAAAUAAAGUGCGCGCGAAAUACAAAAAGAAAAAAUCGAAAGUAGCUGAGUGUAAAUUCAAGUGUAGAGAUUGUGGGAAAGAAUUUGAAUUGCCAUAUUUUUUGAAUCGUCAUUUGAUUAAUUCAUCGAAACGCGCUUGUACGUUAUGUGGCAAAAUUGUGUCUCGAGAAAAGUUAGCGGUUCAUUUGCAAAGGGUGCAUCAACGAUUUGUGGAAUUUUGUAACGUGUGCUAUAAAGUUUUUGAUGAGAAAGACCAUUUGGAUCGUCACAAAGAAAUUUUACAUGGGGAUAGUUGUUUGCAAUGCAAAAUAUGUAAACUCGGCUUUAAAAGUGAGAGAUCUUUAAGCGCUCACAUGUACACACAUACAUUAUUCAACUGUUCCUCGUGCAACAGUAGCUUUGAAAACCGAAAAUGCUAUUUAUACCAUAGACACAAUUGUAAAGGUUCUAAGUUUACAAAACAAGAUGUUUAUGAAUGUCACGAUUGCGGAAGUAAAUAUACAAGGAAACCGUCUCUCAGAGUCCACAUAGUGCAAAAGCAUUUAAAUGUAUUGCCAUAUAUCUGCCAAAUUUGCGGGAAACGUAGCUCUUCAAAAACCCACCAUCAAUCCCAUGAAUUAAUUCAUAAAACUGAAAGAAAAAUAUACCAAUGCUACUGCGGUGCAAAGAUGAGAACAGUUCUCGGUUUCCACAUGCACCAAAGGAUACAUUCUGGGGAAAAGCCAUAUGAAUGUCAGGAAUGUGGAGAUAAAUUUCUAUCGGCUUCUAGAAGAUUGGAUCACAUUAAAAGAAAGCAUAGAAGUAAAGAUCACGGUUGUCUUGAGUGUGACGCGAGGUUUGUUAGGCCAUCAGAAUUGAAAAAACAUUGUCGUUUAGCGCACUUUGUUAAUACAGCGAUA